AUGGAAGGAGAUACAUAUGUUGUUCAGAGUGAAGAUCACGAAGAACUGAAACAGGCAAAAAAUCGAAGUAUUUCUCAUGAUGGCCCCAAGUAUGAGAAUGAACAAGAUGGUGUGUCUUCAGACACAUCAAGUUCUCAAGAUGUUGAAAAUCAGGAAGGAGAUAGUUUUGUUGUUCAGAAUGAAGAUCACGAAGAAUCAAGACAGGUGAAAAGUCAAAAUAUUUCUCUUAAUGACCCCAAGUAUGAGAAUGAGCAAGAUGACAUAUCUUCAGACACGUCAAAUUCUCGAGAUGUUGAAAAUUUGGAAGUAGAUAAUGUUGUUAAGAAUGAAGAUCACGAAGAAUCAAAAGAGGUGAUAAGUCAAAAUAUUUCUCACGAGGGCCCCAAGUAUGAGAAUGAGCAAGAUGAUGAUAUAUCAUCAGAUACGUCAAGUUCUAAAGAUUUUGAAAAUUUGAAAGGAGAUACUUGUGUCGUUAAUAAUGAAGAUCACGAAAAAUCAAAAGAGGUGAUAAGUCAAAAUGUUUCUCAUGAGGGCCCUAAGCAUGAGAAUGAGCAAGAUGAUGAUAUAUCAUCAGACACGUCAAGUUCUAAAGAUGUUGAAAACUUGAAAGGAGAUACUUAUGUCGUUAAUAAUGAAGAUCACGAAGAAUCAAAACAGGCGAAAAGUCAAAAUAUUUCUAAUGAUAGACCCAAUAAUGAGAAUGAACAAGAUGAUGUAUCAUCAAAUACGCCUUGUUCUCAAGAUGCUGAAAAUCUAGAAAGAGAUACUUAUGUUGUUCUGAAUGAAGAUCACGAAGAAUCAAAACAGGCGAAAAGUCAAAAUAUUUCUAAUGAUAGUCCCAAUAAUGAGAAUGAACAAGAUGAUGUAUCAUCAAAUACGCCAUGUUCUCAAGAUGUUGAAAAUCUAGAAAGAGAUACUUAUGUUGUUCUGAAUGAAGAUCACGAAGAAUUAAAACAGGUGAAAAGUCAAAAUAUUUCUCAUGUUGGCCCCAAGCAUGAGAAUGAACAAGAUGGUGUAUGUUCUCAAGAUGUUGAAAAGCUUCAAGGCGAUGCAUUUACCUUUCAAAAAGAAGACUCCAACAAAGAUUUAAAAGAGGAAAAAAUUGAAAAUAUGGGUAAUGAUGCUCCAGGGUUUGAGGAAAAGCUAGAUGAUAUAUUGGAUAGUAUAUACGGGACAAUAGAUGUCGAUUAUAAUACUCCCAAGAGGGUGAAAGACAAUGUGAUUGAAGGACCAAACUUGGCUCAUAGGGUAGAUGGAAGUAGAACUAUGGACUCACAUUCACCAAAAAUAAAUCAAAAGAUAGAUAACACUUCAACUGAGGUCAAUACUAUGAAUCAUAAAGUUGAUGCAGAUCUAGGGACUCCUCACGUGGUUGAGAAGGCUGUAGCGCUUAAAAACUUUGUGAGGGAGAAAAGUUUAGUAGCGGUCUCCACUCUACUGCGUCGACUUUCUAGAAAAACUGAUGACGGUUAUGUGAAUAAUUCUGAUAAUAAAGUUAAAGAUGUUUCAGAUAUAUCAAGAGACAGUGAAUCCAAAGAGGCUCCUGAGAAGACAUCAGAGAAAAUGAAUUGGAGGGACGGACCAAUAACUGAAGGCCCUCUGCAACCCAUAGCCAUGAAAGGAACAGUUAUACUGUACACAAGACUAGCCUGCCGAGAAUGUAAAGAGGUUAGAAAAAUUUUGUAUGCGAAAAGGCUUAGAUAUGUUGAAAUCAACAUUGACGUGUACCCUAGUAGAAAGAUAGAGCUGGAGAAGUUUUCUGGAUCUACUUCUGUUCCCAAGGUUUUUUUCAAUGAAGUAUGCAUAGGAAGCUUGAGUGAGCUAAAGACCUUAAAUGAGUCUGGCAAGCUUGAUGAGAAGAUUGACUUCCUUAUAGCUGAAUCACCUUUAUUUGAAGGACCACUUCCCCCACUUUCUGGAGAGGACGAUGUGUCCAGUAGUGGGGCAGUUGAUGAAAUGGCUCUGAUCGUCCGCAAAAUGAAAGUAUCUAUUGUUGUGAAGGAUCGGUUUAGCAAAUUGCGAAGGUUCACCAAUUGCUUUAUAGGCUCUGAAGCUGUAGACUUCUUAUCAGAAGAUCAAUAUUUGGAAAGGAAAGAGGCUAUUGAAUUUGGACGAAAGCUCGCUAGCAAGCUCUUCUUUCAGCACGUUCUUGAUGAUAAUCUAUUUGAGGAUGGUAAUUACUUAUAUCGGUUUUUGGAUGACGAUCCAAUUGUGGCAUCUCAAUGUCAUAAUAUUCCAAGAGGGAUAACUACCACGAAACCUAAGCCUAUCACAGAAAUUGCAUCAAGGCUGAGAUUACUGUCCUAUGCAAUGUUUGAAGCCUAUGCCUCUGAAGAUGGACGUCACGUUGAUUACAGAAGUAUGCAUGGAAGUGAGGAAUUUGCAAGGUAUCUAAGAAUUGUAGAAGAGCUACAAAGAGUAGAAAUGUCGGAUUUGUCUAGAGAAGAGACGAUUGCUUUCUUUCUUAAUCUAUAUAAUAUGAUGACCAUCCAUGCAAUCUUAGUAUGGGGCCAUCCAGAUGGAAUCCUAGAAAGAAGGAGAUUGUUUGGAGACUUCAAAUAUGUUAUUGGUGGGUCCACCUACUCACUUUCAGCUAUUCAGAAUGGCAUUUUGAGGGGGAACCAGCGACAGCCAUAUACCCUUAUGAGGCCAUUUGGUGCAAAAGAUAAACGUUUAAUGGUGGCCCUCUCUUUACCAGAGCCUCUCAUUCAUUUUGCUCUAGUAUGUGGUACUCGAUCUGGGCCUGCACUUCGAUGCUAUUCUCCUCGCGACAUUGACUCAGAGUUAAUGGACGCAGCUCAUAAUUUCCUUAGAAAUGGUGGCGUUUUGAUAGAUUUUACUGCAAAGAUUGCAUAUACCAGUAAAAUUCUUAAAUGGUUCAGCUUAGAUUUUGGCAAAAAUGAGGUAGAGGUUAUGAAGCAUGUGUCAAUCUACUUAGAUCCAUCCGAGUCUGAACUAUUGUUUGAUUUACUUGCCACUUCUGAGUUGAAGGUGAUAUAUCAGCCUUAUGACUGGGGUUUGAAUUGUUAG